AUGCCAAGAAGGGCAUCAGCUGUGUACUUUUUCACAAUGCUGACCAAUCCACCGCGGAUUAUUGCAUUAUGUUCCGUUGCCAACUUUAUCAACUCUGCCGAUCGGGUGAUCAUGCCCAUUGCCAUAGUUCCUAUGGCUCAACAGUUUAAGUGGGAUUUACAUCAGCAAGGAUGGGUCCUGAGUGCAUUCGCUGUGGGCUAUAUGAGCAGCCAGGUUGUUGGAGGAAGUGCAGCUAAAAAGUACGGAGGCAAAAAAAUUCUGAGCCUAGCAGUUAUUCUGUGGUCAUUAUCAACAUGUCUGGUACCCUUGUUUGCUCACUCGCUGUACACACUAAUUUUAUCACGGGUCAUUCUUGGCCUGGGAGAAGGUCUAGGUCUGCCCACAAUCUUUCACAUAUUUUCUCAUGCAAUUCCUUGUGAGGAGCGGUCACGGGCCUUUGGUUACCUUGUUGCUUUGGGCUCAGUAGGACAGACAGUCGCCUCUUUGGUGUGUCCCCAUCUUCCCUGGCAAUGGAUGUUUUAUUUAUUUGGUCUGAUGGGGUUUGUUUGGGUUGGUGUUUGGUAUACAAUGUAUGCAGAAUCCCGAGGAAGUUUGGAGGAAGAUUUUGUUGAUCCUCCCAAGGUGAGCAACUCCAAUGUUCGGUGGCUGGAAUUUUUCACCCACUGGCCGCUGUGGUCCAUCUACAUAGCUCACUUCAGCAUGAACUGGUCAAACUACAUCAUCAUGCAGUGGCUGCCCACGUAUUUAUCAUCCACUCUAGGAGCCAACCAGUCACACAUGAUGUCCACUGCUGUGCCUUAUAUUAUGAACUCUCUUGUUAGUGUUGUGGCAGCCCAUUUUGCUGAUGCGUUGAUAGCACACAAGUGGACUGUGUUGUCUGUUCGUCGCCUGAUGACUUCAGUUGGGUUACUGGGGCCGGGCCUCUUUAUCUUGUUCUUCAGUGCUGUGUACAAUUUACCACUUGCUGUUUUCUUUGUAUCCAUAUCUUUAGGCCUAAGUGCCUGCAAUUCAUCUGGUCACCUCAGCAAUCAUGCGGAAGUGGCACCCAACCAUGCAGGAAUCACCUUUGCAAUUUCUAAUACUCUUGCUACCAUACCAGGGAUUCUUUGUGGGCCACUGACAGCAGAGCUGGUCACGCAGUCUCACGGCCGGUGGCUGCCUGUGUUUGUGAUCGCGGCUGGGGUGAACUUUGUUGGUGCUGUUAUAUAUCUCAGUCAGAGUGCUGCCAGCCAGGUGUUGUGA